GGGUGUAGCAAUGAAGUUAAUGAGACAAGUGAAGUAAACAAAGUAUAUUAGUCGAGUGGUAGAGGUUGUAGUGUGUUAUAGUUACAGGUGAAUUUACAUAAAAAAAUAAAAUGGGGCUUCAGACCGCAGUUCUAUUUGCCCUUUGUGCUGUAUGUUUGCAAAAUUUAGUCACAGGUGAGCCUUCAAACUACCGAACUUACCGUAUUCUUACCACUGGAUCCAGAUAUUAUCCAACGUAUAACGAUUAUUACACAUACCAGAGUGCUCCACAAGCAUACAGAUACACAUAUUCGAGACCGAUAUACGACGAUAAGGUUUAUAUAACGGACAGAUAUGGCAACACUGUAGCUCAAUCGUCAAGCGAUUACUACAGAUACGUUCAAAGUACCAAAUAUGCCGAUAGCGAACCCUAUUGUGAUCGAUGCUACUAUAGAGAAGCUAUGCAAGUCACAACAUGUACCGCAAACACAUGUGGUCAGAACGCUCAAUGUUCCGUCAUUGGAGGGCGACCAGUUUGUUCAUGUUUUAGAGGAUACUCUGGAGACCCUCUGCACACAUGUACCAGAUCGGAGUGUCUUUCUGAAGGUGAAUGUAGAGGACAUCUAACCUGCAAAAAUGGUAGAUGCAUCGACCCUUGUGCAGGAACUUGUGGCAUUAACGCUGACUGCCAAACAAGAAAUCAUGUUCCUGUUUGUAGUUGCCCACCUGGAUAUACAGGAAAUCCUUUCAGUAGUUGCAGAAGAUUUGAUCCCUCCGAAUUAUGUCAUCCAAGUCCUUGUGGACCCAACACUAACUGCGAAGUUGUGAAUGGAGUGCCAACUUGCAAAUGCUUACCAGGAUUCCAAGGUUCUCCAAUAGCUGGCUGUCGCCACGAAUGUGAAAGUGAUGGAGAAUGUGGUGGAAAUAACGCUUGUAUCGAUUUUAAAUGUCAAAAUCCUUGUUCGUCUCAAUGUGGAGAGAAUGCUGACUGUCAAAUAAGAAACCACCAAGCCAUCUGCACCUGUCCCAAGAAUUACUUUGGAAACCCACGUCUUUCCUGCAAACCCGAAUGUUACGGUGACGUAGACUGUCCUGCCGGUCGUCCUGCUUGUUUCUACGGCAUUUGCAAGAAUCCUUGCGAUGGGGUCUGCGGUACUAACGCCAAUUGUGAACUUAGAGGCCUUACCCCAGUCUGUUCUUGUCCCAAAGACAGAACCGGUGAUCCGUUUGUUCACUGCCGCUUGUUCGAAGCACGUGAUCUUUGUGAGCCCAACCCUUGCGGAGCUAACGCGUACUGUGAACCCGGCUUUGAAACAAGGAAUCCAUCCAAGGAGCGUCCAGUUUGCUUCUGUCAUACUGGUUAUAUUGGCAACCCUGUAGCAGGAUGUCAAAGAGGAGAAUGUAUCAAUGAUUCCGAUUGUCCCAACAACAAAGCUUGUAUAGAAUAUACUUGUCAGAAUCCGUGCGUUGGUCAGUGUGGUGUCAAUGCUGAAUGCAAUCCGAGAAACCAUUUGGCCGUUUGUACUUGUCCCACUGGAUACCAAGGAGAUGCUCUGAGUCAGUGCCAUUUGAAUAGAGGGACCUCAGCUGCGAGAUAUUUGAGAUACAAGAGGGCUGUGGAAGAGAGUCUUCUAAACGCCACAUUAACAAUUUAAACUAAGUCAUUGGAAUAGAAAGAUCUUUUAGAUGAAAAUAAUUAGUAUACUUAACAAGAAUACUAUUUAUAUUGUAGGUCUAUUUUGUUGGAUAGUAUCAAAACAUUUUUAGCUCAAUUUCACUUUAAAAUUUAAAUCAUUUUGUACUAAAUUAUUUGGUUCGUGUUUGCAAAAUGAAAAAGAGGAGAUACUAUCUGAUGAAACUUUUUAAAAAUCGUUCACCAAAUAAUCUUUUUGCGCUUUUUAUUUUUACGACUUCUUAAUAAUCCUAGAUUUAGACCUUAUAUUCUUUUGCAUAUAAAAACGUAAGUCAACCAGACUGCUCCAAUAAAUCUGAAUUAUUUUUAUAAGGUUGUUAGUGAAAAUUCACUGUAGUUUAUUUAAUAUUAUAGUAGAAUAAACCUUAGGCUAAAAAAAAGUUAUACAAAUAUCAGUGAUUCUAAUGAAUUAUAUAUUGUAAAAAAUCUCAUUUAGUACUGCCAUAAUAAAUAUUAUCAAUUACC